CCCGCUGCCCCCGCAGCCCCCCGCGCCCCACCACCCCGUCCACCUUCGCCCAGAGCCGCGGGCAGCAGCACCGCGCGGCGCCUCGCCGGUCCCGGGGCAGGAGCGGUUCUAGGCAGGGUGGGGUGGCCCAGCCCGGGGACCGGGAGAGCCGGGGAGGGCGCCGGGCACCGAGCGCAGGGCGGGGGAAAGCGGCGCCGAAGUUUGCCGCGGACUCGCCGGGCGCCGCAGCCGCUGUCUUCGCCGAGGUUUAUUUUCUUGAAAAGGCUCCAGGCUUCGGCUUGGAAAAUCCAACCGCCAAAAUUGAGCCCAGCAGCUGGAGCGGCAGCGAGAGUCCUGCCGAAAACAUGGAAAGGAUGAGUGACUCUGCUGAUAAGCCCAUUGACAACGAUGCUGAAGGGGUGUGGAGCCCCGACAUUGAGCAGAGCUUUCAAGAAGCAUUGGCUAUCUACCCACCAUGUGGGAGGAGGAAAAUCAUCUUAUCAGACGAAGGCAAGAUGUAUGGUAGGAAUGAAUUGAUAGCCAGAUACAUCAAACUCAGGACAGGGAAGACGAGGACCAGAAAACAGGUGUCUAGUCAUAUACAGGUCUUAGCAAGAAAGAAAGUUCGAGAAAUUCAAGCCGCCAUUAAGGUGUCUAGUCACAUUCAGGUUCUUGCCAGAAGGAAAUCUCGUGAUUUUCAUUCCAAGCUAAAGGAUCAGACCGCCAAGGACAAGGCCCUGCAGCACAUGGCCGCCAUGUCAUCCGCCCAGAUCGUCUCGGCCACCGCCAUCCACAACAAGCUGGGGCUGCCGGGGAUCCCGCGCCCCACCUUCCCGGGGGCGCCGGGGUUCUGGCCCGGAAUGAUCCAGACAGGCCAGCCAGGAUCCUCGCAAGACGUCAAACCCUUUGUGCAGCAGGCCUACCCCAUCCAGCCAGCAGUCACGGCCCCCAUUCCAGGGUUUGAGCCUGCAUCAGCCCCAGCUCCCUCCGUCCCUGCCUGGCAGGGCCGCUCCAUUGGUACAACCAAACUUCGCCUGGUGGAAUUCUCGGCUUUCCUUGAACAGCAGCGAGACCCAGACUCGUACAACAAACACCUCUUCGUGCACAUCGGGCAUGCCAACCAUUCAUACAGCGACCCAUUGCUCGAAUCAGUGGACAUUCGUCAGAUUUAUGACAAAUUUCCUGAAAAGAAAGGUGGCUUAAAGGAACUGUUUGGAAAGGGCCCUCAAAAUGCUUUCUUCCUCGUAAAAUUCUGGGCUGAUUUAAACUGCAAUAUUCAAGAUGAUGCCGGGGCUUUUUACGGUGUGACCAGCCAGUAUGAAAGUUCUGAAAAUAUGACCGUCACCUGUUCCACCAAAGUUUGCUCCUUUGGAAAGCAAGUAGUAGAAAAAGUAGAGACGGAGUAUGCAAGGUUUGAGAAUGGCCGAUUUGUAUACCGAAUAAACCGCUCCCCAAUGUGUGAAUAUAUGAUCAACUUUAUCCACAAGCUCAAACAUUUACCAGAGAAAUAUAUGAUGAACAGUGUUUUGGAAAACUUCACAAUUUUAUUGGUGGUAACGAACAGGGAUACACAAGAAACUCUUCUCUGCAUGGCCUGUGUAUUUGAAGUUUCAAAUAGUGAACAUGGAGCACAACAUCAUAUUUACAGGCUUGUAAAGGACUGAACCUGGUUAUUUAUAUAUAUAGAUAUCUGUAUAUACACACACACACACACAUAUGUGCACACACACACUCUCUCUCCAUUAUCCAAGGACUGACUGUAAACCUCACCACACAGGGGUGGGGCCCUGGCCCUGAGGUCACCCCAACUUUUCUAAAUCCUAUUUGAGUGAAGUCAUUUUUUUUUCAUGUGUUCAUACUAUCAUUGUAGCUGUGAAGUUCCGGUACAGUUGUAAAAAGAGAAAUUGAGUUGUUUCUAUGUGUUCUUCAGACCUGCAGCCCACAAUUCCUCGGGAAGGGGGAACCUUGAAAACUCAGUCUCUGCAGAGACCUGUUUCUAAUUGUGGUAGAAAAUAAUGAGACAGAGCAUUUGCUAUGGGACAUUUACAGCCUUUAUACAAAUGUAUUUAGUUUUUUUUUUUCAACAUAAAAUUCUUGUUUUAAGAUACAAGUAAAAUUAAUCUUUAAAUGUAAAUGUAAAUUAGUACACAAACUAAGAAUCUUUAGACUUACCUUUGUAACUAAUUAGGGUUAAAGUUAUGAAAGAAUGUAAUUCACUAAAUUAUUUUUUAAAUGAAACUUUUCUUUUUGAAACCAAAUGUUAAAAUAUAGCCUUAAGAAAUGCUUGGUAGAAAUAUGCUAAUGAGACAAAUUUGUACUUUUUUUUUCCACGAGGUUAAAACUAAUCUCCUAAUUCAUUAAACUCUUAAACAGGUAUUACAAAGGAAGAAAAAUUCACCCCUUAUCCUUAACAUAUAUAGUAUAUUUAAAAAUAUAAAAUUGUAUUGUACUAAUGUCAUGAUUGAUUAUUUAAUGAAAAAGAGAAGAUGGCUCUUUCUGCAAUAAGUAGAUAAAUAAUGAAAAUCUAAAUCUACAACAUUUAUAGAAUGUGUGUGCAGUUAUAUUUUAUCUGGGCAACCAAAUUUUUUUGAGAUGAGUAAAUAUUCAAACCACUGAAAUUUAGUGACAUAAAAUUAAAAUUGGCAUGAAUACUGCACUGUGAGCUACAAAGUACAGAAAAAUCCUGUGGCUGGGAGAAAAUUUGAUCCACCAUCCAGUAAAAGGCUCAUCAGUUUUAGCAUCUGCUCCCUAGAAAAAUGCAAGUAUCCUUCCUCACCAGCCUGUGAAUAGAUUAUUUCUGAUGAUCCAGUAUGCAUAUUAGCCUGUAACUAUAUGUGUAUGUAUGGUUGGUAUAUACAUAUAAUAUACACAUAUAGUCAUUCAAAGCAUAUUUAUUGAAUGUUGAUUUAGUGUCACUCAGUCUGCUAGUGCUGAUAUGUCUGUGUAUCUCAAUCUGUGUCAGUAGGUGUAGAUGCAGUCUCUUAAGAGCAUCUACUUUCUUGACAUCUCUCAAUAAGUCAUACUACUUUGUCUGGGCUUUAAGAGGCUCAUCUGUCUAACUCUGACCUUUCAAAUACACUCAUCUGGGAGAAAAUUCAAUCUUCCCUGGAGAGAUUCAACUUUCCCGCCCAAAUAUUACAAAGCAUGUCCCAGGCAGUAUGGGUUAGCUGUGGCCAUAUGUCCUUGGCUCUCUCCAUAAGGGCUUCAUUGAUUGGGAAGGGGACAGGGUAUGCCCCACCCCCACAAAAUUUCUCCACAUGAUUAAGAAUCAGUUAACAAAAUAGAACAGGAAAUACAGUUUAUGAGUUGUGAGUUAUAUGUCGAGAUUUUUUUUUCAUUAAGCCAGAAAAAAGAAAACUUGAUUCUGUCCCGUGCAAGAAACAAAGCCUCCCCUUCCCCUCCCUCCAUCUGUUGUCUGCUGGCUUCUGGCCCAUGCCUGGCCUCUCCUCCACUCAUGUCACAGGAAGACCAGGAGAGAAAGGGCAACGCUCUCCCCGCUGAGCAUGCUCUCGUCCCUACUCAACCAGUGGGACGGGGCUGUCUUCCCCUCAGAGGGAAGCUGUCUUUGGGUCCUGGGGUCUCCAGAGUCUUCGGGAGUUGCUCCAGUGCCCACCCAAGCCCCUGGGUUUCCUCCACUCUUCUCCUAUUUAUGACUUGAUAAACACCCCUCUUGGGGGUGUUUCUUUUGUUCCUGUCUUCUGCAUCUUUCCUCACAGGAACACCCUGCCCCCCACCCCCCAAUUUCCCAGGACCAGGACUCUGUGACUGGAAGCAAAUGACCUUGUGUGGCUCAAGGCACGCCACUGCAGAAUUUCAGGGACAGAGAUCUCUGGUUCCUGUCCCCACCCAGGAAUGAGGCUCAUCCAUGCUGCCAGAGGGCUCUUAGGAUUUAUCUUGCAAAGCACAACUAGCCUAGAGAGAGAGAGAGACAGAGAGAGACAGAGAGAGCCAGGAAAGUUCUGUUGGCUGCAGAAUAGGGAAGACCGGGUCUGCUGAGCUCACAUACUCAGCUGGGCCUUCUGCGGCCUCCCUGCCAGCGCCCCCUCUACCCAGAAAAUUAGGAUUGGGGGGAUAUCAUGAAUAUCCAGAGGACUUCUUUUUGUUCUUAAAACACUUCUAAGCCUUCCUCCUGCCCCCCCCCCCGAUUAAUUUCUUAUCAUCAUCUUCUACAUCUCCAACGAAUUGAGACAUUACUGGUGCUCGCUCGAGCAAAUUGAUGAGUAAUGGGAUGUCAGGUGAUCAAUCUUCUAAAAGUCUCUCCAGGGCAGAUUUUGCUUCCCCCAUCUUCACAAUUGGGCCAGUCACCCAAGACUCUUGGUCUUAUCUCUGUCUUCCUCAACUCAAACCCUGGCUGGGGCAUUAGGACACACAGUGCCAGGCCGUCUUAGUUCUCUCACCUGUAGGUCGGGGCCUCUCCCAGUUCAGCAAAGCCUCUAGACCUCAUCGGGGUCUUCCCCAGGUCCCCGAGGGUGCUCCCUCCUUCCUGGCGGCCCUCCAGGGCUGGUUUGGUGCAGGGCUGUCACUUGCUUCCCUGAAUCAUACCAAGAUUUGGUUUCCAUAGUCAGCCCCAGGACACUGACAUUCUCACCUUUCUCGAAUCCCUGAGUGUCCAGGUCACUCUCGAGACUACCGGGCUUCUCUGUGGCUCUGUGGACCACAAAAUUCUUUGUCACGCUGGGCUGUCCUCUGCCCUGCUGUGUGUUUUACAGGCCCCCUAGAUGCUGGAAACACCCUCCACCCCCCCCCCAAAAAAAAGGUCAACAUGGAGCAUUUUGUCACCAUCCAAAAUGUCCAGAUGUGGCCUGUAUCACAUGGGGCACAGCAUAUCCCUCCAUCGCAACACUGCCUGGCUCCUCCAGGUCACCAGGUCCCACCAGGAGCGUCUUUGCUCUCCCCAUGCCACCCUGAGGAAGCGGUGCUCCUGCAAGCUUUCUUCCGGGCUGCCAGGAGCAGGCAGGGAGACUCGUGACAUGUCUCUGGGGGUGUCUGUGGUUCUUCCUGUCUCUGAAUCCCUACUUCACAGCAUUCUCUCUUGCUCCAAGGAUUCUUUCACUCAGCCCUAGGAAUGCAGGGAACCCCCGGCAAUUCUAUUUAAAGAGUACUUCUCAUUUGAUCUGAUCUGCACAUGUUAGCUUGCCAGUUAUACUUCUUAUUUUUUAAUCCCAGCUAUUUUGUUAUUUCUCCUGCAUCUCACUAUCACACCUCUCAUCCAUUCAGCAUGUGUCCUCUGGCCUUCUACUUUCAAACUUACACUCAGUGUUGUUUGUAGAGUUGAUGGAAGCCUCUAGAACAUUGCAUUGCUAGCAGGAACAUUGCAUCCCCAGCAGUGGAGGGAAGGGUUGGCUUCUAGCAGGGGGCAGCCAGGAGCUCCCCAGACUGGCUCAGAGAGAGAGAGAGAGAGAGAGAGAGAAAGAGAGAGAAAAAAAGAGAGCGCGCUCAGUCUCCUCCCCUUCCGGUUGACAGGCUGAGGUUCAGGGGGCAGGAGGUGAUUUGUCUGAAGUCAGGGCCUGGAGGUGGGUAGCAGUCGAGUCAAGCUGAAGCUCCAGAACUCUCGCCACUUCAUCCGGGGCCCCUUCCAGUCAAGGGGACUCCUUUUUGGUGCUCAUACUGACACGGUCUCUGUAACUAUGCGGACAGGGUCAGCUCAGAAGGGAGGGUGGUUCAGAACCCCCUUCUGCCAAAGCAAUGGCAUCAUCGCCCGAUGCCGCCACUCCCACUCGAGGGCCCGUGGAGGCGCCACAGCAGAUGGGAGAGCUGAUGAGCCUUUUCAUGUCCUCGGAGGACAGCUCACCUGCCACAGGCUCCAAGUGAUCAUUGAAUUUGCUCACACCCCAGCAGCAAAGUCCCACACUCAGACCAGCCAGCAAACAGCCCCGUCCCCACGACUGGGCAUUCAAGUCCCCAGACGACUUCUAAACCCGAGUCGUCUUUAGGUCUCAGGACUGUCGUGGCGUCAGCAGUUCGUUUUGUACAACUGUUAAGUAAUUGAAAUCCUAGGAGAUGACAGUUAAUUUUACAAACCAGGUACACACGAUUUGUAUAAUUUUGUCUAUGCUCUGGUACACUACAUCUGUCCUAACGAAGGGUGGAUCCCAUUCUGUGCAUUGGCGUUCACCCCUGUGACGUGACGAGGCUGUGUCUGCAUUGCAUAUUUCUUUCUGUUGAUGUUUCUAUGGCCAAGCCCUGCAGAUGUCAUUUCUGAAAAGCCUUAAAUCGUUGCGAUGUUACGUGUAGGGUAUGCAGUGCAAAAGGCUGCCUCGGAACUGUGAGCCCUUUUCUAAGCUGGAAGCAUUUCUCUUGCUACCGUUACUUUUUUAGGAAGUUUUACAUUCAGAGCUGCCAAAGCGUUCCAGUAAGCAGUGCCUUAGUGAUACUUAGUCGUGCCGCCUUUUCUCACUCAGUUUUCCAUGUCCAUUUACUAAUUGGCCCAGUGUUCAAAAGAGAAGGAGCCAAAAAAAAAAAAAAGUUUUCUUUUUUGUUUAGGAAGCCCAUUUUUCUCCAGUUCCUUGGGAAACUGACUAUUUGGUCAGAAAUCUGAAACUGAACCUGUAGUAUCAGUUCUGUGACCGCACCCUGAAAUGUAUAUACCAAAAAAAAAAAAAAAAAAAAAAAGCGGGAGGUCUUACAACUUCGUAGUUUACUAUGAAAAGCAAAUUGUACUUUUAAUGUUGCCUUUUAAAUUCUCGACCAAAUACGUAGCUAUUUGUGAAUUUCUGCACUCUAGCAUGAAAGUGCCUUUGGUUUGAGAUUCCAGCUUAGAAAAGUGCUGCCAUAAUUAAGAUAAUUUGUAGAGAGACCAAAAAUAUUUUGAGAUCACCGUAAUGCCUUUGGUUUCCCGGGAUGAGUAACCAACCACAGGCCUCUGUUCACAAGAGCACGACGCGGGCCCCACCUUGCUGUGAUCUACACCGCCGCCACCACCCCUCACCAGGAGCACACGGCAGCAGGAGGGACCCCAGGAACUACAUGUGUGUGUGUGUAUGUGUGUGUGUGUUGGUGACCUCGGGGGUCCUCCAACUCGUCACCCCACCUCCAAGGGAAGGAGCCUCCACAUACACACACAAGACUCGGGCCGGUGGAUGCAUCUGUCCUCUCCUCGCGUUCCUGUUCCAUCUCUGGGAGGCUUUCCGCUCCUUCCUGUGACAGUGCGCACUUACUCUGGUUUCCAGAUGCCAUGAGACCGUUCUGAAAGUUGGAUGCCUCAAACCGAGAUGACAGUGCAGAGCAAAAAUAAAUAAAUAAAUAAAAACAACAAAAAGAGUUAGGGUCAUUACAAUCCAAGUGUUCUUCUUUAGGACUCUGAGUGUUGUGCAUGAAUGUGCUAAGAGAAACUUCCAAAGAACACCACCAUUCGCAAUUGGGUCUUUUCAAAGAAUGGUUCAGCCCCGCAGAAGGGCUAUUCUUUAUAAAGUCUGUGUUGUUGGUUUUGUAUCAAAACAAAAUCUCUGAUAGAGGUAAAGAAGAGGAGUGAAAAAGAUGCAAAGGCCAAAACACCAGCCAAAACAAAGCCAGGGGGAAAAAAUACAUAAAACUUUUUCUUUACCAUUAUAGACUUUAAAAUGACAUCAGACAGCUUUGAAAGUUAGCCUCUGAACUCUUAAUCCAGAUGUCCCAUCUGUCUCUUCCUGGUGUCUUUAAAAUUUCCCUCUUUGGGCUCUGGAAUUUCAGGAGUGAUUUCUAUCCACACCAAGUCAUAGAAAUAGCUACAAGAAAAAAAAAUUAAUAAAAGGAAAAGAAAAUUACUUCACACAUGUUCUAGUCAGCCACUUAAACCCAGCCCCUCCCUGUCAGUUCAGUCAUACAACGUGAAAGAAAUUAACCAAUAUUUGUUUUCUGCUUCUCUUUUCAACUGUUCCUGUGCUUUGUUUGGGAGUAGUUUUAUCUCAUGGACUCACUGCUUAGAUUAAGAAUGGAGGUUUUGUGUUUAAAACAUAUUGCAUCGCAAAGAACCAUUUUAUUGAACUCAUGCACCAUUAAGAUGAAGUAUUUGUAUUUAUUGUCCCAUUUCCUAAGCCCUAACUUGUUUUUAUCCUCUGUGACUUUGCAUUGAGUCAUAUGCCACACCUUGUGGCAUCACUUUAGCAUUUGUGACCCCUCUCAUUCAUCAUUCACCAGGGUCCGAUUUCAGUAGAUUCCACCUCUCAGGUUGACUCUCGUCUGCCUUUCAUCAUGAAAUCAUUUCUCCUUCCCCUUUCUCUGAGAGAGGUGGACAGAAUCCAGGCAUUAAAAAUUGGAAACCACUCUGAUUUCUAUCUCCUUCCCUCCCUCCCUCCCUCCCUCCCUCCCUCCCUCCCUCCCUCCCUUCCUUCCUUCCUUCCUUCCUUCCUUCCUUCCUUCCUUCCUUCCUUCCUUCCUUCCUUCCUUCCUUCCUUCCUUCCUUCCUUUCUUCCUUCCUUCCUUCCUUCCUGGCAUUAGUGAUUUUCUGUGAUUGUUUCAUUGUGUCAAUUAGAUUCUAAAUGCACUUCUUAAAAGAAAAGAAAAUGCAUCUCCCUGUUACCUCCUUGAAAGAUUCACUUCUGUGGGCCUUUUCUAAUAGGGUCAUGACUGCAAAUGAGGAAGAAAAGUUAAAAACAAAAACAGUACGUGCCUCAAAAAAAAAAAACUACAAAAAAAAAAACCUUUGUAACAUUUUAAAAAGAAACCUGAAUAGCCUUUAAUUCUUUAAUAUGCUUCGAUUUUAUGUACAUCAGUUUUUGCCAUGUGUAUUUGUUCACAUUCUAAAUGACUUAAUGGGAUUCUCAUGGUCUGUGUCUUUGUGUCACGUGUAUGAAAUGGGCUCGUGACGUAAGCGUUUCAUCUGGUCAGUGGUUCCUUUGAUAUUGUACUGCUGCCCCGAGCGGGCUGUGGAACCUGCCUUUAGGAAGGAGGUUCCCGGGGGUAGAUGGAGCUAUGGGAGGGUGGGGUCAAAUUUUCACACUUGUUUUCUUAACCUAUUUGCAGAAACCUUCAAAAGGCAUUUGGUUAAACCUCUUGGCAGUACAGUAUUCUCUUGUAUUUGUUAAUGUCUGUGUUUAGGUACUGGUACCUUUUUGUUUAAAAAAAAGAUGUUCUAAGUGUUGGCUUUAAAGUGAAUUUAUCUUUAGUAUGAUAGUUAUAUGAAAAUUAUAGGGUUUGUGUGCAGAGAAUUUUUUUAUAAAGUGCUUUGUAAAAAGAAAAAAAAUGUAUUCUAGCUUUCGCGGUACAUAUGUGUGAUAACUUUAAUAUCCAUGACAGUUAAGUGCAAUUAUUUCAUCACUCUAAAAAUGCUAUUUUUGUGUCAGUUCCUGCAGGUGUUUUCAUGUCUUUGCAAAGUGACACAUUUUGAUGCCUUCUUGAUAAAGUGGUAGACAUUUUGUAGCUUUCUAGAAACUUUGUAUUCAUACGGUAUCAAUGAAAAAUAAAGAAAAUGAA